GCGUUCCUUAUCCCAAAAUCUUUCCCUUUCCAGCUACGCUUCACUCCCCUCCUCCAACACUUGUUCGGUCGUCGUCGUCGCUGCCGCCAUAACCUCCACCGUCUUCGCCAUGGACACUCUGUUCAUGAACCAGUCUUUAUCUCGCGUCGAGUACUUCAUCUCCGCUACUAAGCCAAGCCUCCCGCUCUGUUUCUGUCGUAAAUCCCUCAACUUUGUACCCUCACCGACCCACUUCAAACCCAUCAGGACCCUCGCCGUCUCCGCCGUCCAACAAACACAGAAGAUACUACGGCAGGGGAAUAUUAACGACGAUGAAGAUGAGGAGGAGGAGUCGUACGGCGAAGUCAACAGGAUUAUCGGCAGCAGAGCGCUUGAGGGUGGGAUUGGGAUGGAGUACUUGAUAGAGUGGAAAGACGAUCAUGCUCCUUCGUGGGUUCCUCAGAAUUUCAUAGCCAAGGAUGUGGUGGCGGAGUACGAAACUCCCUGGUGGACCGCCGCCAAGAAAGCCGACGAUAAGGAGCUGAGCCGUCUCAUAUCCGCCGAAGACGAUUGGCGGGAUGUGGAUGCUGUGGACAGCGAGGGCAGGACUGCUCUCCUGUUUGUAUCCGGACUGGGAUCCGAGGAGUGCGUCCGUGUGUUGGUGGAAGCCGGAACGAAUUUGAACCACCGGGAUAAUGCCGGCGGCUUAACGGCGCUUCAUAUGGCUGCUGGGUACGUGAAACCCGGAGUCGCGAAAUUGUUGUUAGAUCUGGGCGCCGACCCGGAGGUAGAGGACUACCGGGGAUUGACGCCGUUGAAUUUAGCCAAAGAAAUACUCAAAGUAACACCGAAAGGAAACCCCAUCCAAUUUGGGAGAAGAUUGGGGCUGGAGAGUGUAAUCAGAGUCCUGGAGGAUGCGAUUUUCGAGUACGCAGAGGUGGAGGAGAUUCUGGAGAAGAGGGGGAAGGGGCAUCGGGUGGAGUAUCUGGUGAAGUGGAAGGACGGCGAGGACAAUGAGUGGGUGAAAGCGGGGUUCGUGGCGGAGGAUCUGGUAAAGGACUUCGAAGCAGGGCUGGAGUACGCGGUGGCGGAGUCGGUGGAGGCGAAGAGAGUGGGGGAUGACGGGAAGACGGAGUAUCUGGUGAAAUGGACGGAUAUGGAGGAGGCGACGUGGGAGCCGGAGGAGAAUGUUGAUCCUGAUUUGAUCAAGGAGUUUGAGGCGGGAAGGAACGGUGGGGAUGGCAAUUUGGAGGCAGAAUCAAGUGGGGAUGGUUCCAUGAAUUAAUUCACCAGUUUCUUUUUUUUCUUUCUUUGUAAUUUUUUCAAUGAGCAUUAUUUUGAAUGAAAAUCCGUAUUAUAUAUUUAGUUAAGAUCAAAAAAAUAAAAAUACAUUUGUAUU